GUUUUUUUUUUCUUUUGUGAUUCAAUAAUCUUAUUUACUAUAUAUGUUAAAAUAUUAUUGAAUAAUUGAUUACCCUUUACAUUGUAAAAAAAAACAAGAUUAUCAUUAUAUAGUUUAAUAUAUAUAUACUAUAGGGUAAAAAAGACCGAUAAUUUGAAUGUAAAGAAAUAUUACGUAAAAUGUUAUUGAUGACAGAAAAAAUGUAAUAAACGUAUUGAAGAUGUGACAGACUGGUAAGGGACUAAAAUAAAUUUUGAUGAUCUAGUGUAUAUUAUCGACAAAACGCGGUGUGCGGAAACAAGUCGUUCUUCAACGUGUCUUGAUAGUUCAGUCGAUUUUCACUGUUCAAAGAGAUAAAAUUCACAUUGAGUGAUGAAAAAUUCUAGGAUAGGAAAAAAUUAAAAUUUUGCCAUAAAAAAAAAAGAAGAAGUGAAAUAAAAUGGAUCGUCCGGAAGAAAAAGAAAAUGAACUUAGUAAUUGGCCUUACAUGAGUUUAGCAUCGCUUUCAACUUCAUUUGUUGCUAAAUUAACAACAGUUGGAAUUAUUUGGGGAUGGGGUUAUAUGAAUUUUAGUCUCGCUUGGCUAAUUGCUCCAGUUGUUUUAACUGUUUGGAGAACGGAGAGAAAAAAAGAUCAUGAAUUAAAAAGACUUAUGGCACAAGCAACUGCUCUUAGUAAAGAAAAAGAUGUUAUUGCAAGCCGAAUGGAUGAAUUACCAUCGUGGGUUUAUUUCCCCGAUUUUGAUCGUGCCGAAUGGCUUAAUAAAAUUUUGUGUAAAGUUUGGCCAAGUAUAAAUCAUUUUGUUCGUGAUUUAUUUAAAAGUACAAUUCAACCGGCGAUUAUUCAGAGUUUAUCUGAAUAUAAAAUGAAGGGAUUUCAAUUUGAAAGAUUAGUAUUAGGACGCAUUCCACCAAAGAUUUAUGGUAUUAAAACUUACGAUAAAAAUACAUCGAGACAUGAAAUUAUUUUCGAUGUGGAUAUAUUAUAUGCCGGUGAUUGUGAUAUUUCAUUUUCAGUGGGAAAUUUAAAAGGUGGAAUAAAAGAUUUUCAGCUUCGUGGACUUAUGAGAAUUGUUUUGAAACCAUUGAUUCCUGUUAUGCCCUUAGUUGGCGGUGUUCAAGCAUUUUUUCUAAAUAAUCCAGCUAUUGAUUUCAAUUUGGUUGGAGCUGCGGAUAUUCUCGAUUUUCCAGGAUUUAAUGAUAUUUUAAGGAAAAUAAUAACGCAACAAGUAGCGGCACGUUUAGUUUUGCCGAAUAAAAUAAUAGUUCCAUUAUCAGAAGAUAUUCCUUCCGAAGUUUUAAAAAUGCCAGAACCUGAAGGUGUUUUGAGAAUUCAUGUGGUACAAGCGAAGCAUUUAAUGAAAAAAGAUAUUGGCGUCUUGGGAAAAGGAAAAUCUGAUCCCUAUGCAAUAAUAAGCGUUGGAGCACAAGAAUUUCGUACAAAAACAAUUGACAAUACAGUUGAUCCAAAAUGGGAUUAUUGGUGUGAGGCUGUUAUCUAUUCAAUCAAUUUGCAAGAGAUUGAAUUAUCGCUUUGGGAUUGGGAUCCAAAUGUUCCUGGUAUUCAAUUUGAUGACUUCCUAGGAAGAGCUACCAUCGAAGUUAGUCGAGUCAAGAAAAAAGGAACCAUUGAUACUUGGAUUUCAUUGGAGCUGGCAAAGCAUGGAAUGGUACAUUUGCGACUCAGUUGGCUUCAACUUUCAAAUAAAAUUUCCGAUCUUCCUGCAGCUCUAAAGGAAACUCAACAGCUACGCGUGACGUCUAUGAGUACAGCAAUUCUUAUUUUGUACAUUGAUUCAGCAAAAAAUUUACCAUGUAUUCGUGGAAGUAAGCAACCAGAUGUUUAUCUUGAAGCAAGCCUUGGCGGAAAAACAGAGAGAACAAUAACAAUUUUACGAUCAUGUGAUCCAGUUUGGGAGCAGGGAUUCACUUUUCUCGUUGCUAAUCCAGAAACUGGGACCAUGUCAUUUAAGAUAACUGAUGAAAAAUCGGGAAUGAUUGUUGGUACAAUGAAUUUCAAUAUUUCCACUUUACUCGAGAAAGCGAAUUUUGAAUUGAAACAAUCACCAUUCGAUUUGGAGCAAUCGGGAAGGGAGAGCAAAUUAAUAAUGUCAAUGAUUUUAAAGAUUUUAAAAUACGAACAGCCAAAAGUUUCCUCGGAUGAUGAGGAUGAUCCUGAUAAUUUUGAAUCCCAACCAAAAAUCGAACGUCAAGGAUCAACAAUCAGUAAUCUUUCCAGCAGUGUUCCGCCCAGUCCAUUGAAAAAACAAUCGUCCAAAGAAUCAUUACAAAGUGCCGGAAGUAAUGCAUCGGUAACAGGAGUAGGAGGAGGAGGUGGAACAAAUAUUUCAACUGUUCCUGAAGUUCCAACGCCAAUUUCCGAGGAACCAAUAAUUCGUGAAACAAUAACAUCACAAACAUCUUCCGUUAAUCCAAAUUUAGUUCAUAGACAUCCAAGUUUUACAUCAUCAACCGGCGAAUCAAAACUCGGAAGAAUUCAACUCACAUUACAAUACAGUGAACCACGUCAAAAACUUUUUAUUCACGUCCACAAAGUAGCGCAUUUGCCUUUACCACAAAAUGAUCCGCACAACAUUCCGGAUCCAUACGUAAAACUUUAUCUUCUACCAGACAAGCAUAAGGAAACAAAACGAAAAACAAUUGUGAUAAAGGAUAAUUGUAAUCCAAUAUUCGAUGAGAAAUUUGAAUAUAUUGUAUCGCAGGGCGAUAUUAAUAGUAAAACACUUGAAAUUUCUGUAUGCACACAAAAAGCAUGGCUAUCAACGGGCAAUAAUAUAAUGGGACAAAUUCAUAUUGAUUUGUCGCAAAUUGAUUUUUCACAAUCAGUCACAUCAUGGUUUGAUUUACAACCAGAAAUUAAAGACUAGAUUUGGAGGCGUAGAAGAGGGAGAUUUUUUCUCUUUUAUCAAUUUUUUUGCAAACGCAAAAAAUAAUUCUUUUUUUUUUUAUAUCAAAGAUUAUGAAUCUCAUUUUUUUUUCUAUUUAGCGUGUUAAGGCAAAAAAAAAAACCUUUUUUUUAAAUACUUGGGCAUUUUAAAAAUGUUAUGAAAAAAAUAUUUCAUAUUUAUUUACUCUUGAAAUAUUUUCUAUUUCUUAAUUUAUUGUCAAAAAAAUUAUUUUUCUGAUUAUUUUUUUGUUAAAGUAUUUUCUAAAAAUAUAUAAAAGAAAUAGUUUUUUUUCCCGUAAAAAUAAAUUAGUUUUUCAAAUAGAAAAAAAAAAUAUACGCUUUGCCAGAUAUUUGUAUUUAUAAACGGCAAUUAAAAACAGUGUGAUAAUACCGGAAAGUUUUUUUUUUUCAAACGCUUUUAGUAAAUUUUAACCAAAAAAAAAAAAAAACCGGAUUUACUUAAGGCACUAAGCACCGCGAUACUAAUAUAGAAAUAUUGCAUAAUUUUUUUUUUUUUUUUAAUCUAGAUUUUGUAAGUGAAUAUUAUAGAUUAUAAUUUUUAUCUCGAAUCUCACUCUCUACGCAAAUUAAUAUAUUUCUUCAAAGCCUGAUAUAAAAGGGAACAGAACUUUCCGAGUACUUAAAAAGUAUUAAUAUAUAAUAUUAAUUAAUAUUACAAUAUGAAGUCCAAAACAAAAAAAAAUCUAUUGUCUAUUCAUAAUCUUUACUAAACAUUUUUUAAAAUAUGUUAUAUACACAAAAUAAUAAUUAGAGAUAUAAUAAUUUUUAAUCAAAAAAGCGUCUCUAGCUUGUUAAAAAUAAAAAAAAUUUAUAUAUAUUUAUAUAUAAGUUGAUAAAAGUGAUUUAAAAAGUGCGUUGUUAUAUUUAUACUCAUAUUUACACUACGAUUGUUCAAAAUAUA